AAAAGUAGGCAGGUAUUAUUUCAUAGGUAUUUAAAAUUGCCGACUAGGCUCCUCUCAGUCCCUCCCGUAAAACUCUCAACUUUUUUUUCUUUCUCCAUCUCUCUCCUCGUAUGGCAGCGAGCAUCGCAACGUAUUACUUGCCCAGUGUGUAGUAGUACAAUAGCACGGCCGAGAGAGUGGCAGAGGAGAAGAAUCGAGAAGGGAGAAGAAGAGAAGAGGAGGAGGGCGUUCAUCUCUCUCAUCCCGUCGUCCCGAUACGAUACUCAUAUGCAGUUCUAAAUAGAGGGCACAUUUGCCGUUAAUGACCCUCGCGCUCCACAAUGCAGAUGACAGCUGCCUCAUAAAUCAAACUGUCCCGGCGGUCGGCGUAGCGUCGUCUCCGUCGGUACACGACGAGAAGAGUCAACUUCCCAAUCCCCAUCCCGCCGGCGCCAACCCGCCUCAUCCCGAGCCGGGCGCGCCCGUCUCGUGUCCCUCCGCGGAGGAAGACGAGAAGCAUGGCGACCACGUCGCCGACAAAUCUACGGCAGCAGCCGAAGCCGCGCCGACCUCGUCCAGGGAGAGUGUCGUAGCCGGCGACAGCGUUCACGCCCGUGCCGAUGCCGAUGCCGAUGCCAACGCUGGCGGCGGCGGCGGUGGUGACAAUGAGUACGACGACGACGACGACGACGACGACUUCCCCGAGGGCGGCCUGCGAGCCUGGCUCGUCGUGCUGGGCUCCUUCUGCGCGAUGCUGUCGGUGUACGGGCUGAUCAACAGCGCGGCCGUCUUCGAAUCCUACUUCUCGACGCACCAGCUCGCCGGCUACAACCCCUCCGCCAUCGGCUGGAUUUUCAGCGUCUACCUGUUCGUCGUCUUCUUCGCCGGCGUCCAGGUCGGCCCCAUCUUCGACCGCCACGGGCCCCGCGUCCUCGUCACGGUUGGCGGCGUGCUUGUAGUCGCGAGCCAGCUGCUGCUCGGAUUGUGCAAAGAGUACUACCAAAUCCUCCUUACCUACUCCAUCCUUGGCGGCCUCGGCGGCGCCUUGCUCAACGUGCCAGCCUACGGCGUGAUCGCGCACUUCUUCCGCGUCCGCCGGGGCCUCGCCACGGGGAUCGCCUCCACUGCCGGCUCGAUCGGCGGCAUCGUGCUGCCCGUCUACCUGCAGUGGGCGCUGCCGCGCCUCGGCUUCGGCUGGAGCACACGGGCCGUCGGCUUCGUCCUGCUCCUGCUUUCGGCCAUCGCCACGCUGCUCGUCCGCGCGCGGCUCCCGCCGAGCCCGCGGCCGGUGACGGUGCUGCCCGACUGGUCGCUGUUCCGCGACCUCAAGUUCUUGCUGUGCUGCGUCGGCGUGUGGUUCAUGGAGUGGGGCAUCUUCACCCCGCUGACGUACAUCGUAUCGUACGCGGUGGCCCACGGGCAGGGCGGCGAGGGCGCCAGCGCGGCCACGGACGCGUACACGCUGCUCGCGCUGCUCAACGCCGGGUCCUUCUUCGGGCGGUUCCUGCCGGGCUUCCUCGCCGACCGGCUCGGCCGGUUCAACGUGAUCACGCUGACGAACGGCCUGUGCGUGGCGGCGAUCCUGUGCCUGUGGCUGCCGGCGGGCGACUCGCGCGCGAUGCUGAUCGCGUUCGCCGUCGCGUUCGGCUUCGCCAGCGGCAGCAACCUCGGCCUGUACCCCGUCUGCGUCGGCCAGCUGUGCGACUCGCGCGACUACGGCCGCUUCUACUCCACCACGCUCAUGGUCGGCAGCUUCGGCACCCUCACCAGCCUGCCCAUCGCCGGCGCCCUGCUCGGCAUCGGCGGCGGGGCCGCCAGCGACCAGGGCUGGCUCGCCCUCAUCCUCUUCGCCGCCCUCUCGUACGCCAUCGCCAUGAGCUGCUUCCUCGGCGUGCGCGUCCUCGCCGUCAGCUGGAGGGUCAAGGAGGUCUACUGAUAGGCCAGGCGUACGUGAGAGAGGCAGGGACGGGGGCGUGGGACGAAGGACGAAGGACGGAAUGUACCCGGAUAGUUUGUCACGUCUAGGGGUAGUGAGGCAGAUAUGGACGGCAUGGGGGAAAACCGGGAGGAGGGAUGUCCGCUUCUGGGGGUUUUGUUCUCACCUCGGUCUUGCCACGGAAUGUGAUCUUGGACGUUUACAUAUUAUUAUCGACCGAUUUAAACGUGUAUGCAAUGAUGAGGUGAUGGACGACGAGAACAGAAGAAGACAGGAAAGCGAAGAUAAAUUCCGCACGUGAAC